AUGGCCCCGGGAUGUGCCAGUUGUUUCUCCACGCGAUUGCGAGCGCCGCGAUCCUCCGAGCCGAGAUCCGUGCGGACGCCGAAAACGGAGCGAGACCGGGUGACGGAGCGCGGAGCACUGAGCGCGGUGACCGUGAGCUCUUCCCCGGUGCCCUCCACGAAAAGUGGGUCAAGCGCAUUAGCCUCACCUGUGACGGUGGAUGAGCCACUUCUCAGUGACCCUGACUUUGCGGUUUUUCCCAAGAGUGUGCAGGUGGCACGUCUUCCCCUGGUUAUAUUUGAUGAUGAGGUGGAAGAACAAAGGAUUUGGGAAGAAGGCUCUGUAAACAAUGGAGUUGUGAGCCAUGGGCCUGGGCCUCCUGAUAUCAAGGUCAAGAAUCCGGUGGUGAUGUCAAACGCCUUCAAGGGCUUUGUCGUCCAACCAUAUGAGUUGCGAUAUCUUCACUACCGGAAUGUUGGCAUUGUUUUCGCACGCCCCCCCGGUGGGCGCUUCAUGCAACCCAGCAUCGAUACGGUUCUCGUGUGCAGAGGCUUGGUGGACUGUUUGCAAAGCUUCAAGACAGUGACGCGAUUGAUCGAUGUUGGAUCUGGUUCUGGCUUCAUUGGGAAGUUUGCAGGGCAUUAUGCCCAGGGUCCUUCCGAACUGGAAGUGACACUAGUGGACAUCGACCCGACAGCCAUCAGUUAUUACAAGAACCGGACCUUCAAUUCGGAGAGUGCCACCAUGACAGGCAGGCCAAUUGAUUGGAAAUUCUGUGCGGAAGAUGCUGUGAGCUUGCUAGACCAUGACUCGGCCUUUGACCUUAUUGUGUCCAACCCACCUUACAUCCCUACCAAAUCUGAAGCCUCUGGUAGCUUGUCACCACUCUCUGGUGGCUUUUGGGAAGGUGUUGGUUUGGUGGUGUAUUUGUUGAAACUCAUCUCUCAGCGUGCUGCCUCGGGCGCGCGGCUGGUGUUGAUGAUCACAUCAUUGACAUUGAAGGCACCAGCGAUCCUCGAGGCUCUAGAGACUGUAGUGAAGAAGGGCUGCCGCAUGAAGAUCUUGUUGGAAAGAGAGAUCGCAUGGAAGGCGUGGUAUGCCGGGCCACAUUCAUUAGAUCACUUGCUUGCUACUGAGAAGGAGUCUCGCUACCCCCACCAAGUGGCGGGCUGCGAGUUUUUCAUCGGGGCGACAGCACCAGGCAGCAGCCGCACUGGCAAGGAUGGUCGGGAUCAGAUGUUCGGCUACCAUUGGCAUGUUGCUUACGUCCUUGAAAUUCAGGCAUGUUGA